GGCCCUCGCCUCCCGCCCCACCUCCUGGGUUGGCUCCGGCUUCGGAUCGCACGUGCUUGGAUUCGGUUGUCGCCGGCGCGCCUCGCCCCGGAUUCCGCCAUGGCCUUGGCGGAGAAGAGGACGCGAUCCGGACCCGCCGCUCUCCUCUGCUGCAUCGGGGCGCUGAUCAGCCAGGCUCAAGCCAGGGUUCCCCCCACUAGCUCAGAGCCCCCUGAGACCUCCCUACCUUCUGCCACUGCCAUCCUGCCAGUGAACUACCGGCUCUCCAACACCCGCCUGGCCUUUUUCCUGAAGGAGAUGCGGCCAGCGCCAGGGGGAAACAGCAGCGCUGGCUUGACACGCUCCGAACCCUUUGUCGUGUUCCAGACCAAGGAAUUGCCUGUCUUGAAUGUCUCCCUGGGGCCUUUCAGCAUGGGCCUCCCUCUGCCCAAAGAACUUCUGCAGCCCUCGAGCACCUUGGAGAUCCCCGAGCGCUUGACGGUGAACUGGAAAGUGCGGGCCUUCAUCGUUCGCACGCGGGUGCUCUCCACCCAGCCCACGGCCCAGGUGCUGUUCUACGUGGCCGGGCGCGACUGGGAUGACUUCGAUGUGACCGAGCGGCUGCCCUGCGUGCGACUCCAUGCUUUUCGUGAAGCACGGGAGCUCCGGGCCUCCUGUCGCCUGCGGGGCAGUCUGGCCACUUGCCUCGCCCAAGCGGAGCUGCCCCAGGCCUGGUUUGGACCUUCUGGUGUUCCCCUGGGCCGCAGGAAAGUAGCGGAUGGACUCGAUCUAGCUGGGGACGCCCAGCAGGUGGAGCUGUACUACACUCUGCAUGCGCCUGACGGAAUGGGGGACUGUGGGAGCGAGCAGGGGCUGCGGAGGGGUGGUGCCGGGGCCAGGACUGAGGGCCCCACGCAGCACCCACUCCUACGCAUUGGCAGCUUGAGACUGGUCCAGCCGCCACCCUCCCAGCCUUUACAGGAGCAGCGGCUAGACGACAAUGUCUUCAUCCACCUUCCAGAGAAGCCCCUCAAGCCAGGAGAAGUGCUCAGCAUUAUCCUUUACCUGAUGGGCAAUUCAACCGUGGAGCAUUUUACAGUCAGGGUGAAGGCCAAGAAGGGGGUCAACUUACUCAACACCAGAACCAGGAACCCCCAGUGGCUGGUGAAUUCGGAACUGCAAACCGGCAGCAAGCACUCCACGGCGACGGUCGAGGUGACCUGGAUCGGGGGCACCUUUCCCAGGGAGGAAGGCGCCUCCUAUGAGGUCAUGCAACUGGACUUUGAGAUGGAGAAUUUCACUAGCCAGUCGGUGACCCGGCGAAUCAUGUGGCACAUAGACUAUCGAGGCCGCAACCCACCACCUGACCUGGACAGGGCUGUGACAGAGCUGACAGUAAUCCAAAGGGACAUUCGUGCCAUCCUUCCUUUGGCGAUGGAUACAGAGAUCAUCAACACAGCCAUCCUGACCGGUCGGACGGUGGCCAUCCCAGUGAAGGUCAUCGCCAUUGAGAUGACUGGCAUCAUCUUGGACAUUUCAGCAGAUGUGGAGUGCAAGUCUAGCAAUGAAGAUAUCAUCAAGGUGUCCAGCAGCUGUGACUACGUCUUUGUGAGCGGCAAGGAGUCGAGGGGGUCGAUGAAUGCGGGUGUCUCCUUCAGCUACGACCACCUCAGCGCCCUCUUGGAGAUGACUGUCUGGGUCCCCAAACUCCCUCUCCAUAUCGAGCUCUCAGACUCGCGACUCAGCCAAGUGAAGGGCUGGCGGGUUCCCGUCCUGCCUGACCGGAGGUCAGCACGGGAGAGCGACGACGACGAAGAGGAAGAUGAACGACGGCAGAGCCGGGGCUGCACCCUCCAGUACCAGCACGCCACCCUGCAGGUGUUCACCCAGUUUCACACCACCUCCUCUGAGGGCACCGACCAGGUGGUCACCAUGCUGGGCCCAGAGUGGAUGGUUGAGGUCACAGACCUGGUGAGCGACUUCAUGAGGAUAGAGGACCCCCGGGUGGCGCACAUGGUGGACAGCAACACGCUGGCUGGCCGAGAACCCGGCACCACCCUCUUCAAGGUAGCCUCACCACUCAUGGAGGCAGUCCUUGGAGAGACCCUGGUGACAGUAGCUGAUGAGAAGGUCACCGUCACUGAGCUGAAAGCCCAGGUCGUCUCCAACCUCUCCCUUUCGCUUCACCCCAGUCCCGGGAACAGUCACACCAUUGUGGCCAAGACAACGGCUCAGCAGACGCUCAACUUCUCUAAGCAGGAGGCCUUGCUGAGUCUUUGGGUGUCGUACAGCGAUGGUACCACCGCUCCCCUCUCCUUGUAUGACCCGAAGGACUACACGUUGGUCGUGAGCAGCCACGACAGGUCUGUGGUUUCCGUGACACCAGAUCGGGCCUUCCCGGUUGUGGUGGCUGAAGGCGAGGGGUCUGGCGAGCUGGUGAAAGUCGAGCUCAUGAUCUGUGAGAGUUGCCAGAAAACCAAGCGCAAGAGCGUGCUGGCCACCACUGUGGCCAGCGUCCGCGUGCAUUUCAACUCUGAGGAGGAGCCCACCUAUGACUACGAGCCUGUCCAAAUGCCCAGUAAGCCUGGACGGGAAAAGGGUGCUCCGGGAACCACACCGAGGUCGGAGGGGGAGUGGCAUUUGGUACCCAGUCAGGAAAGUUGGGUGCCUAGUGUUAUUCUCCCCACGGAGGAGUUCCCAACUAUUCCUACCGGCUACGUACAGGUGACACGGGGCCUGACGGACCUGGAGAUAGGCAUGUACGCCCUUCUUGGUGUCUUCUGUUUAGCCAUCCUUGUCUUCCUCAUCAACUGUAUAGUCUUUGUACUUAAGUACCGGCACAAGCGGAUCCCACCGGAAGGACAGACCAAUAUGGACCAUUCUCACCACUGGGUCUUCUUGGGCAAUGGGCAACCGUUGCGGGCCCAGAAUGACCUUUCCCCUCAGCCUGAGAGUCCAGGCAACCCGCUGGAGAACGUCCAGACCUGUUGCCACGGUGACCACCACAGCAGCGGCUCCUCGCAAACCAGCGUGCAGAGCCAAGUACAUGGGCGGGGGGAUGGCUCUUCGGGGGGCUCCACCAGGGACCAGAGCGAGGACCCGCUCAACUCGCCCACCUCCAAGCGCAAGCGGGUCAAAUUCACCACUUUUGCCACCAUGCCUUCUGAGGAACUGGCCUAUAACUCUAUCCCCAUCGCCGAUGAGGAGGACAUGGAGUGGGUCUGUCAAGACAUGGGCCUCCAAGACCCCGAGGAACUGCACAACUACAUCCACAGGAUCAAAGAGAUUGCAUAAUGGGUCCAAUGGGCCAUUCCACAGGCCACCAGACAGGGCACUCUCGUGGGGAAUUGAUGGGAUAGUUUGCAUUUCCCCUCUGGCAUUUGUUGGGGGCCCCCUUCUGGUUCCCCUCCAAAUGGACAAGCCCAACCUCGGUCCUAGUGAUGUUCAAAGGGAGACAGAAUCUGUCCCAUCAUAUGGGAUGACUUCCUGUCACUCGGAGGAAACCAUCUUCAGUGGGCAGCUUGCGCCAUAACUACAGGGGGGUAUCGAUGGGACGUAGCCAGACCGGGUGCUGGUGCGAGGUGUCCCUAGCCACGUGUCAAAAAAGGUGGGCUGGCAAUGCCCCAUUGGGGCCAGAGGAUGGGGCAAUCGGAGCCCAAGGCACUGGCUGGAACAUGGAAUAAAUCCCUGCAUCUGCUUCGGGGGACUUCAGUCCCUGCCUUCCCAGCGUCCACCGCUGCCUUUUUGUCAGCCAUCUCCAAAAGGGAAACUUUUGAUUCUUCAGCUUUUGUUUUCUUGCACAAUAAACAUUGACUCGUAAUUAACAUUCAGGGAUUUCUGCCCAGCCUGGUGGAACUCGCAUGGACUGCUGUUGCUGGAGCAAAGUGGGGGGUGGGGGAGGGAGGGCAGAUGGCUCCAUGUUGCAACCCUGAGGCUGCACCAGAGUGCCCUCCGGGGUCCCACAAAGAAGUUUAAACUCCGUUACUACAUGGGGAAGGUGGAGGGCUGGGGUGGGGGGGUAAGACCAUACCACCCCCUAGCAAUUCCAAACAGCACCUAUCCCCUUUAGUGCCUGCACUGCCUUUCCCAUAAUCCGAGACCCGGCCUUCUGGCGUUGAGUUGAUCUGCCCAAUAACCAACAUGGCCGCCCAGAUUUCAGGAGUGGAGGCCAGGAACCCCACAGCCCUAUAGACCCUUGAUCCAAAUUUGGGACGUGGGAGGAAAUCAAGACUCCAGUAAGAUGGAAGACGUCAUCUCAGUUGUUUUUCUUUUUUCUAGGGUAUUAUGGCCUUCUUAACAAGGAAUAACCCCUUCCCUUCUAUUGGUGGUUUGUUUGCUUCCCACCAAUCAGUGGCACUGUGAGCAGCUGUUUCUCACAGCUCCUGCUUAUCCAUGUUCCUAGUUGAUAGAAACACGUUUCUUAUCAAGAUUCCAAAACUGCCUGUCUUUAUCUCACACCUCUCGCUUCCCCUCCCUCCCCCCCAAAAAAAUCAUUGGUCGAGCUACAAAGGAAUACGGGGAAUGAAAUUCACCUACAAACAAGGGGCUGGAAAGGGAUGGGGCCUGGGGUCAGAUAGACAUCAGAGGGACCCUAGGAAGAAUGGGGUAAAAAGGGGCAUCGGGACAGAAGUAAUCUGUGACUCGUGGUGAAUCAGUGUAAGAGGUGGCUUAAUUUCACAUCUUGAUUAAAAACACAACAGCCCAGUCUUUGUCUGCAGGAUCCUAGUUUUUCCCCAAACCUCUUUUUUUUAUGUUCCAACCCUCUCUUUUUUAAUGAUCCGUUGAUUUGGCGACCUGGAGCAGAAGCGUUUGCACGGGCAGAUGAAAAUUAUUCAUUUGAUCCUAUGACAGGUUACAAUAAAGAUUCUUGCCUUGAUCGACAAGGGCUUCUUUGAACAAAA